CCGUUUCCACGCAGCAGAUGCAGCAGACGACGAGAAGACAGACUGUUUCCACCAUGAGGGCCUUGAUAUUCCUCUGUGUAUUUGGAUGGGCCGUGACAGCAGCAAACGGAAUGACUUUUAAUUGCAAUGGUUGUCGCGGGCCAUUGGAGGGGUCCAACGGAACAACCAACUCAUCUACUGUGCCAGGACAGAACAGCUCCAUCACUGUACAGAAGUCUGAACCAACAAAGGCUUCCCGCGUAAAUUGGAAUGGGACCUUGAUUACCCUCGAUAACAGUCUUGGGUUCCCUAAAGGGACAGAUAAUCAAAACGCCCUGAACAACACAAAGGCCCAGAAUCGCAACGUAGCCUGCCUUGGAACCAGACCCCGACGAAGGGCCAGCCCACACGCUAGUAACUGGAACCCUCUUCAAGGUAGAUAUCCGUUUAAAGUUGAUAAAGAUGAAAACCAGCUGAAUGCUACAGAUGCAGUGGCACUGAAUGCGUCCGAUACCACAACCAACUCAUCCACUACCAAUGAAGGAGAUGCUCAGACUGAAAGAAGCAAACGAGAUAAAGAAAAGUCUAAGCCCUUGAACUUCUGGCAUAUUCUAGCUGGUCCUGGUUUUAAACCGGAGGAAAAUGACAGCCAGUUGAAUGGGACAGACGUAGACCCACAGAACGGGUCCAACAGCACCACCAGCUCAUCAACUGUCUCCAGUACAGCCAAACCUAGAACCAGAGCCAAACCAACGAAACCAAGUAGCUUCCGGCAUCCUCUAAAGGGUCCUGGUUUUGAAGCAGAGGAAAAUGACAGCCAGACCAAUGAAUGAGAUGCUCAGACUGAAAGAAGCAAAUGAGAUACAGAAGAGAAAUAGCAGAAGUAAUGGAAGAUGCACAGCUGAGGUCUCAUGGAAACAUGUCCAGGAACACAAACUAGACCACGAAUCUAGACUCUGUAGAUGAUGCAAUCAUCACAAAAUAAAAUAUAAACAUCUCUUGUGAAA